AUGAGAACACCAAUGAGCCUUCUUCUUGUCUUCUUCCUCCUCGGGUUGUCCUCGGCGGAGUCGCAAGCAAACCUUCGAGGUGUUUACCGGAACGGAGAUUCCAGCGGUGUGGAGUUGUCCGACGAGAACCCGACCGCCACUGAACACCAAUCCUCGAGAGAGUUGCAGGGGGUCGCUAUACUCAACUCCAUCAUUUCGUUGGUGACUCCGGCCGUGUCAGAAAAGAUUUCCUAUGUGAUCUCCGGAUAUUACAACGACUAUGAUCUUUUGUGGUUGGAGGAAGAAGAAUACUCGAUCAAUCACAGGUUAGGAAGCGCGAUUGCAAAGGAGACUGGCGACAAUGCUGUAUGUGGUGGCUCCGACUUUGACGUAGCAGUGGAUUUGUCCGUGACAAACUUCGUCGGUGCUGGCGAUUUGUCGGUUGACGCCAUUGCUUUUGUGGAUGGCUCACAAAAUGUUCAGCUGAACCGCCAAGCUUUUAAAAAUGGCGCGACCUGGUCAGGUGCUUGGAUUGUAGAUGUUUCGUUCCCCGAGUUGGUGGGAAACACAACCACAACAUUCAAUGCUGCUUGCAAUGUCGAUGGUCAGGUAUACAAUGAAGAACAGACUGUCAAUGGAACCGUAACCUUCACAGAAGUCAAAACGCAAUCCCUUGUUACGAUCACGGGAGACACAGAACGGGUGAUCUUGUUUCUAUCCUCAAGUGAGCUUAGCAACGCCCAGAUUCAAAACUUUACAUUCGCUUACGACGCAUUGGAUACGACAAACAUCUUGGGAGACACUCCCGUAGACGAUCUCAACUUUGAUGCCGACGAAGUGAUCACAAACCUUUUCAAUGAAUGGGAAGUUCACACGCAAUUUGAUGGGUAUAUUGCAAGACUCUUGACGAAGGCUGUUCAAGAAGAGAUAGAUUGGAUCUUGCCUCGUCCCCUUCUAGGAUUUGAGUGA